AUGCUUGCGAAGCCGAAACAACCGAUCGAAAUCGCGAAACGGCGUGGCGAAAAAGUGCCAGAGACAUGGGGAGUAGACAAAAGCGGCCGAGUGAGCACGAAUCCAGAAGCGAUUUUAAAUGGAGGAGGUCUUCUUCCUCUUGGUGGAUCUGAAGUCACCGGCGGUUACAAAGGUUAUGGACUUGGUGCAUUAGUGGAGAUCUUCUGCGGCAUACUCGCUGGAUCUCACUGGGGUCCGCAUAUUCGAAAAUGGAUGUCGGCCUCAGUUGAAGCUGAUCUCGUAAGCUCUUUUUUCGAAUUGACUAGAUUCUUAGAUUAA